GAUACAUGCCAGGAUGUUACAUUAAAAACAUCUGCAGUGCAUUAUUAUCUUCAUAGUUGUAAAGGACGUACGUGCUAUAAUUCAGAAAGACAUAAAAUUUACAAAAUGUUGAAAGGGAUUAUCCUAAUUGUCACCAUCCAGCUUGUAAAUGCAAACUUUUUCGGUGUAUUUGGCAAACCGUUAUACAAUCCAUUCAAUAAGGAUAAAUAUAUGAUUGAUUUCAUCACGACAUUCAACAAACUUAUGAAUAUGAAACAACCACAGUUCCCACAUCCUAAAAGUUAUCCGGGUUUCCCUCCAUUGUUUCCAGGGAUAAAAGGAAAAAAAUCAGUCUUCAAAACCAUAGAUUUCACUGAUAUGGCUCCUGGUUCCAAGAAAACUUUCCGUGUUGACAACGGUCAAGGGAUAGCAUUUAGGAGUAAAAGCGGAAACGCAGGAGGAAUGUCAUUUUCUAGUGGAACCGGAGGCGGAAAAGGUUUUGCAUUUGGAGGAACAUUAGGUGGCGGUAGUAAUGGUGAAUUUGUAAUGAGUCAGAGUGGUCCAGGAUUGAAAGGAGGAAAAGUUACAUAUUCAAAGGGUGUUCCUAAAUUCGCAAAAGGACUAUUCGGCAUGCUUCCGUUUUUUAAAUAAUAGGGUACACGAUAGGCUAAGAUUCUCAUUUCUUCAUGAUACACUAAUAUUGUAUAUUUAUAUACUUUUGGGGAAACAUUGUAACACGGCUAUACUACUUGCAUACAUCCCAGUAUGAUAAGAUAACACAAACAGUCACUGUUGUGUGAGCAAAUAACUGUGUGUAUUACAUAUACAAUGCAUAUAUGGUUGCUGCUUCCUAAGCAGAAAACAGUCAACACCUGGCAGCUUCUACUUACACGAUGACCUACAUCAAAAUUAAUGAGACCGAGAUAAUAUGUUGACAAUAAGUAAAUGAGAUUUACAUUAAUAUAUAUAGUGCUAUUUUUCAUAUGUGCCAUAAAUUUAUAAUAAUGAGUGUUGGUUUAACCAUGUACAUUUAUUAUUGUACAUUUGAUUAUAUUCCUACUUGUACGAGAUAACCGCUCUCCCAACCAAACAAACAGUUUUUUUUUAUAAUAAAUCUGCGUUUGUUGUCACUUUUUAAAUUCUUAUAUUUACUCUUUAUUGUGCUUAUCGUUCUAGGAACGCAAUUGUUAAUUGAAAUUAUUUAUUUUCAUUGGUCUGUUUUGCCAUUUUACGACGUCUUAAUUGAAAAACGACACUUGAAACGACGAUGAUUUUCGGUCGACAUAAAUGACGGUUUUACGGAAACAUUUUUCAAUCUUGGUGCAUUUGAUGAACCAAACUUGUAAUGAAGUGGUUUACAGAAGGUCUUCAUUGAUAAUUGAUGAAAUUUCAUUUUUAAAAUAAGAUUCCAAUCAAUUUUCAAAACACAUUUAAAUGCCGAUGACCACUCAUAAAGAUUAAUUAUUUUAAACUAAUCGAGUUGCAAAGUACUUAUACGAAGGUGCGUUUGCUUUAGGUGUCUCGUACAGUAAGGUAAGAUCAACAUUUGUAAUAACCAAUUUCAUUUAGUUGUUAUAGACUGAAAAAACUUUACUAACAGAAAAUUUAACAACGUAAAGUAUGUACAUAUAUAACUUUAAUUUUUGAAAAACUAACGAACUAACUAAAUCUACAAAGAUAGCUUCAUUUUAACAUGUGAUGUGUUUUGUAUGUUUAAGAUUUAUUUUAAAUUGUUGAAUGUGUAGAUUGUAAUAUAUUUCCAUGUAAUAUUUUCAUGUUGUAAAAUCCACUGUUAUUCAUUGUUAAGUUUAAUAACUUUUCUUUUUUCUCAUACGUUGACAAAAAUGUGUUUUCUUUAUUAAUAUUUCGGCCUGUUAACUUUAUUGUCAUGUAACAGUUGUUUCGUUGUUUUUGCUAUAAUAACGUUUUACCCCCAUUCUUACGCCCAUAACAGUGACUGAUUUUGUUAUCAGCUUCAGUCAAAUAUUUCGUGCACAUACGGGCAUAAACAAGUUACAAUGUUUAGAUGAACUAUUAAAACUCAAAAACGAGCAUUUUUUUUUUAAAGUUUGAAAACUAUCGAUAUCUCACUAAAAGAAUUUAAAAAUGUUUAAGGAAUGCAUCUGCAUAAAAAAAAAUCGAAAUGAUUAAUGUAUGCUGAAUAGUAAUUUUGCGUUGAAAAGUUAGGACAUGUAAUUUUUCUUAUCAAUCUCGAUAUCAUCGAUAUCAAUCGAUCAAAUUUCAGACCUCGCAGUAUUGCCUACACUCCUUGGACUGUCAUGCGCGUUUCGGGAUGAUAUCGGGACAAAUACAGAUAAUGAUAUUUAAUAAUGUGUAAUAUUCUUUAUACAUUUUUACAGGAAGGAAUAUUUUACCUUUAAAGUCUAUCACCGGACUUCUUACUGCAAUUAUGAUUCAUAUUCCAUUUUCAUGUGUAUAUCAUUAAUGUUUUUUUUCAGAUUGCAGGAGUAUCUUGAAUGUUCGUUAAUUUAUAAUAAAAGAAAUUUUAUUUAUUGGCUUAAAGUCAGUUCUGUAGAUAUUUUACUACCAUAUUGUACUAAAUUCCUUGCAUGAUGAAUAAAGGAUAAAAUAUUAAA